AUGACAGUCGGAGGACCAACAAUAACGCUAUCAAACGGCAUACAGAUGCCACAAGUUGGUCUAGGAACGUGGCAGUCCAGGCCUGAUGAAGUCAAGGCUGCUGUAAAAACGGCUAUUGAGACAGGAUAUCGCCUUAUCGACACUGCUGCCUGCUAUGAAAACGAGGGCGCUAUUGGCGAAGCCAUCAAAGAGCUAAUCGAAGAUGGAAAAAUCACUCGCGAGGAGCUUUUCAUCACAACCAAGCUAUGGCUCACCCACUGUCAUCCUGAUGAUGCCGAAACUGGAAUCCGUGAAUCGCUUCGUCUCCUUCAACUUGACUACGUCGAUCUUUACCUUGCACACUUUCCGACUUGCUUCAAUCAUGAUAUGUCUGAACAAAAUCAUUCUGUGACUGUAGAAGAUAUAUGGCGUGGUUUGGAAGGCCUUUAUAACAAGGGACUGACCAAAGCAAUUGGUGUUUCCAAUUUCAACGGUGAACAAAUCGAGCGCAUUCUCAAAACUGCAACUGUUCCAAUCCAUAACUUGCAGGUGGAGCUCCACCUUUACUGGCCUCAGCAUGAGCUACAUGAUGUUUGUAAGAAGCACAACAUCUCCGUCACUUCUUAUGGCGCGCUGGGAUCACCUGGUCGUGUCAACUUCUCUCUUCCAAGUGGAGCGUAA